AAAUAGUUUCAAUGCAUUGAAUAACUAAAUGUAACACAAAUAUCAUCGGCCUUAAAUCUAAUAACUUUGUAGUUUUAGUUUUAAAACAGCAAAUAUGGACGGUUAAUUAAAAUAACUCGUUAAUUUUCAGUUUUUUAUUAUAUUUUUACAAUAUUUUUUUUAGAAUGUUACCGGCACGUUAUAUAUUAGUUUUAAGUGGAAUUAUUUUCAGUGUGAUUAUACAUUUCACAUUAAAAUCACUUUUAAGUGACCCAACUACACCACAUUUGGAAAACAUUUGGUGGGGAGAUACUGAUAAAUCAAAAAUACAUGACGAAACAAUAAAGUCAUUUCAAAUUAAUAUUUCAAAACAGAUUUUAGACGAUUUGGAAUUUCGUUUAAAACAUCAUCGUACUUUCAUCCCAUCACUGGAAAAUGUAUCUCAACAAUAUGGCAUAAACAGCAAAUUACUUGAUGAAAUAAUCGAAUAUUGGAAAAACGAUUACAAAUGGUCGGAAAGGCAAAAUUAUCUUAACAAAUUUCCUCAAUUUACAACCCAAAUUCAAGGUUUAACUAUACAUUUCCUUCGUGUUAAGCCCAAUAUACCAAAAUCUAGAGAAUUACAUGUUUUGCCAUUGCUGUUACUUCAUGGUUGGCCCGGUUCGGUUAGAGAAUUUUAUGAAAUUAUUCCUUUAUUGACAACACCCCAAAAGGACAAGAAUUUCGUUUUUGACAUAAUAGCGCCCUCUUUACCUGGUUAUGGAUUUUCAGAAGCAACACGUAAACCUGGAUUAGGAGCAGCCCAGGUUGCAAUGAUUAUGAAAAAUCUAAUGAACCGUCUGGGGUUUAAUAAAUUCUACGUUCAAGGGGGAGAUUGGGGAUCUAUAAUAGGAACUACCAUGUCUAUUAUGUACCCUAGCAACGUGAGAGGUCUUCAUAUUAAUUUGUGCUUUUCGUCGAAACCUAUUUCUCAAAUUAUUCAUUUCUUUGGUUCAUUAUAUCCAAAAUUAGUGGUAGAAGAUGAAUAUCAAAAUUUGUUAUACCCUCUUAGUUCGUUCUUUCAUUAUUUAAUAUCAGAAACCGGGUACCUACAUUUACAAGCAACUAAGCCAGAUACAAUUGGUGUAAGUUUAAAUGAUUCUCCAGUCGGAUUGGCCGCUUAUAUAAUCGAAAAAUUUAUCACAUGGACCAACAAAGAGUGGAUAAAGAGAGAAGAUGGAGGGUUGAAAGAGAAGUUCUCUUACGCAGACUUACUGGACAAUGUAAUGAUUUAUUGGAUAACAGGGAGUAUAACAACGUCCAUGAGAUUGUAUUCGGAAACAUUUAACAAGGAUCAUACAUCGCUACAACUAGACAGGAUUUCUGUCAACGUUCCUACUGCUUGUGCCAAAUUUAAAAAUGAAUUGGUUUACAGUCCUGAUUUACUAUUAAAACAAAAGUACCCCAAUCUUAUACACUCAGUAACUUAUAACGACGGUGGCCAUUUUGCGGCAUUUGAACUACCACAAAUUUUAGCUGAAGAUAUCUGGACGGCAAUUCAGAAAAUUGAAGAAAACUACUCUAAAAACAGGGAUAUCAACAACCAACAAUAAAAUUAUCAGUAAUGUUUACUAACUAAUGUUGUGUAUAAAUCAAUUUAUUAUUAAUCAAGUACAAUAAAAUAUAUUUUGAUGAAACUUGAAGAAAGGUCGUCUCUUGAAUUAGUAA